AUUGCUUGCGGGAACAUUCCCCUUCUUCCCUUUUCUCUUCCUUUGGACCCAACUCUAAAAGUAAAAGCGAAACAAACAAACACCCACUUGAAGCAAUCUCCAGCACUUCAUUCAAAAAAAAUUCGCUUUUUUUAUUUUUUCUUUUUUUCUCGAGCCUUUUCGUGUAUAAACACACUCAAAAUUCACUCUUUGUCUUCAGCAGAUUCUGAUUCUUCCAUUCCUCGAAAGCAUUUCGAUUUUGUUUCUUUUUUGACCAAAUUUACUGGGUUUUGGUUUGAUUCAAGCUUUGUUGAAGUUAUGGUUGGCAAACUGUGAAUAAGUUGUUGUGGUGGUAAUGGGUGGUAAUGGUAGAGUUGAGGUGGUAAAUAGUAAAGGGUGUUCCAGGCUGUUCCUUGGCCUCUCGUCUCCAUUGUCUUCUUUCAGAGGUCUACAACCGUUUGACCCAAUGUCUCCUGCCUCGUCCUCUGCUGGGUCUGAGCCCGUGGCCGUCCGAUCAAGUGGUCCCUUUGCCGGCCUCGUUAUUUGUGUCACCGGUCUGUCCAAAGAAGCAAGGAAACAAGUAAUGGAAGCAACAGAGAGAUUAGGUGGCCAGUACAGCCCUAAUUUGCAUCCUCAGUGUACCCAUUUGGUGGUCCAAAGUUUUGGUGGACGUAAAUUUGAGCAUGCUUUGAAGCAUGGAUCAAAAAAUAGUCUCUUCAUAGUCACGCUUGGGUGGUUUGUGGAUAGUGUUAGGAGGAAUGUGAGGCUGAGUGAAUCACUUUACAAUGUUCAGAGUUUUGGAGAAAAUGGUAUGCGCUUGGAUGAAUUGAAUUGGCGUGCUGGGUUUCCUGGUAUCGAAACUUCAUGUCUUCCUGUUGGUACUAAUGGAGCCAAGCGAUUUGACAUGAUUGAAGAUCCACAUCUAUGGUUUUCUGGAAGGGAGCUUAAGAGAAGUACUGAGUCAACUCUUUCUGGUAACUCCAUGUAUAUUGAUCCAGACAUUUCGGCUGAACUGCGUAAUAAGGUUGUAGAGGCUGCUGCUAGAGAAGGUGCCAAACUUGUAGAAAAAUGGUUUGUUGGUUGCAGUGCCAGUCAUGUGGUUUGUGAAGGGACUUCUGUCCGAACAUAUCUUGGCCACUCUAGCAACCUUGUCACACCACUGUGGGUUCUGAAAACAGCAAAGGAGAAAUAUGUGCAACGGCUUGUUCACAUGUCCACAGACUUGGCUAGGCAGAUUGGUAUGAUGCUUGAAGAUUCUCAAAAUGGCAUCUCAGGGAAGAAAACAAAUGAGCAAAAUGUCCCUGAAGAUGAUCAGAGUUUUAGAAAUAAAGCGAGCCUCAAUGAAAGGCAACAGGUUGUGAGUUCUGCUAAAAUUGCGGUCAGAAAUCGUCGUGGUCGUCGUAUGCAGACUUCUCAAACCCCAAUUCGGCCAAUAACUCCAAGUUGCCUAUUGGAUUCCAUCUGCUGGUCGAUAUCUGAACCAACUUCCACCGUGUCUAUUUACACAGACUCUUUUAGCGUUGAUGGUGCUAGUGAACAUCACUCACCUGUAUUCCUAGAUGCCAAAGGCGAUGGCAAGGAUUUGGAAGCUUCAUUUGCAAACUUAACCCGGCCACUUACAGAAAGUGAGAAAUCUGAAUUGAUAUAUAAAAACCAUUUUCUUACCAUAUUGUUUCCCGUUGAUCGAUUUGCUGAGAUGGGGCCUUCUUCAAGAACAUUUUUCAGCAAUAACGGCUUUACGUGUUUGCAGGUGUUAGAUCAUAUCCAUUCAUUUUAUCAGGAAUACAUGUCAGUUCACGAAAUAGAGGCUGCAAUUCACACUGAUUCAAGACAUGCGGACCGGCUUCGAUUGGUGUACUGUAGUAGAGAAACAGCGAAAUGUGGUUUUGUGGUUUUUAAACGGAUUGAUUUUUUAGGGAGUCGCAAAAGUUUCGAAAUGUUGAAGCGUGUCAGCGGUGACAACAACAGUAACGUCUACGAGCUGUUGAUCAGGGCAUGAUGUCAUGUUAUCAGUGGUGGAUCCCUUCCAUAUACUAGUUUCGAGUUAGUGGCAAGCUCAAUUGCCAAGCUGAACUAUUAGAUACAGAUCCUCAGCUUGAAGACAGAUGCAUUCAACCUUCACUUGCUUCUUUAAGAUCUCAAGAAGAAUGGUGAAGCUUUUCUACCAUGUGGUGGAACACUUCAGAUUGUAUUACUAGCAUUUAGUAAGCAUAGUAUAUAGUAAAUGAGUGAAAUAUUCAGAGCAUAUUUGAGUUUCAAAACCUACAAAUUGGUAGUAUACACGUGUCCAAUUGCAGUGCCUUGAUAGGUAAGGUUCGAAUUUUGGAUCCCUUGUACAUUGAAGACAUAUCAGAUGGUUGAGGUUUUUUUUUUUUAAAAAAAAAAAAAAAAAUUUAAAUUUUUUAGCUUCAACUGUUUGACAAGCUAUUCUUUAUAAUGUUAUCUUGCACCAGAUGGUGUUUUAGUCU